GGAAUUGUAGGAACGUCACAGAGUUUGAAGACCGGGUUGUUUUGAUCGGGGGGUACGGGAAUUGACGUGAUCCACAGUGUUACAGCAUAAAUAAAAAUGGAAACACGAACACAGUUUACUGGUAGAUACAAGAAGGAUUUGAGCACUGAAAACUUAAGAGCAAAAGUCGCGCGACGUAAAUCCAUAACUCAAAAGGAAAACAGACAUAAUGAGUUUAAAAAAUGCAGGGGGCUGUCGGUGGCAGAUGCCAAUAUUUCACUGCUGAAGGAGUGUGAACUGCCACCUCUAGAGGAGACUGAUGAGUGUUCUAUUCUUAAAGCACAGGAAACUACUGUGGUUGGAAAGUCUAAAGAAUACACAAAACAACGACGUGAUAUGCUGCAGCGCUUCAAGGAGGAAAAGGAACUUAGAAAAUUAAAAGAGCAACGCGAAAAAGCAGCCAAAGGGGUUUUUAAAUGUGGAAUCUACAAACCAGAUGUGACCAUUCCCCCAGUUUGGGGCACUCAGCAUACUGCCAAAGUAAAACCAAAGGAAAAGCUAGCUCCCCCUGUUGUUUCAAGAGUUACAAGGUCUAUGGCCAAGGCAGAACCUGCAGGGAGCAAAGCCAACAGAACCCAACAUGUUAAGGCAGGAGUUCUUAACACUAGCAAGAUUUCUGCUGAACGGGGCAUAACAAAAGGAUGUGGACAAAACUCUGCCCUAAAGAAACCUGAAACUAAAGUUGCUCCAUCACAAAGAGGCGUUAGAACUGCACUGAGUACUACUACAAAACCUGCUCUCAGAAAUAAUGUUGUCGCCAAGUCCCAGAAUAAGACUACCAAAGAAACAAAGGCUAAAGAGAAUGUUAAGAAGUCUCCGGUUUCUGAGCCGCCAAAGGUAAAAGAAGCAGAACCGUUGCCUAAAGAAGCAGAACCAUUGCCUAAAGAAGCAGAACCGUUGCCUAAAGAAGCAGAACCGUUGCCUAAAGAAGCAGAACCGUUGCCUAAAGAAGCAGAACCGUUGCCUAAAGAAGCAGAACCGUUGCCUAAAGAAGCAGAACCGUUGCCUAAAGAAGCAGAACCGUUGCCUAAAGAAGCAGCUGUGGAAACAGGAACUUCUUCUAUAGAAGCGCAUCAACCACCGCAUGAAAGGAAGCCCUCAUUUGCGCCUCAGAACUUUAUGUUCCAGCCCAUGGAUGGUCUUUCCCCCUACAAAUUUAAGCCCAUGACGCCUAGUCGGGCCAAUGCAUUUCUGACUCCUUGUUUCACGUGGAGCCCUGUGAGGUUGGAAAGGAAUCAUUUGCCAGCGUCCCCAAAGUUCAACAAAGAGCAAACAGCUGUGGAGCAAGUGCUUCCUGUGGAGCAAGUGCUUCCUGUGGAGCAAGUGCUUCCUGUGGAGCAAGUGCUUCCUGUGGAGCAAGUGCUUCCUGUGGAGCAAGUGCUUCCUGUGGAGCAAGUGCUUCCUGUGGAGCAAGUGCUUCCUGUGGAGCAAGUGCCUGCACCACAGAGUUCUGAACUAGAAAUGGGCAUUCAUCCUGCUGAACAACAAAAAGAAUCUGCAACUGAUGUUUGCCUGGCUCCAACUGAUGCCCCAGGAUCCCCUUCCUCAUCUGUGUCAAAUCCACAGAAAGAAAAUGAGAAGGAAGCGCCUAAGGAACCAGAGCAUGAUGUGCCAUAUUUUAGAGAUACUCUAAAGUCUGAGAUUGCGAGGCUAAAACAGUUGUGCUGUGAGUGGGAUAAACGAAUUGAGCUGGAUAUCCCAGAGGAUGCCAAAGAUCUGAUCCGCACCACUGUUGGCCAGACAAGACUUCUGAUGUGUGAAAGGUUUAAGCAGUUUGAGGGCCUAGUGGAUAACUGUGAGUUCAAACGUGGGGAAAAGGAGACCACAUGUACAGAUCUGGAUGGAUUCUGGGAUAUGAUCUAUUUUCAGAUUGAAGAUGUAGGUAAGAAGUUUAUUAAUCUUGGAAAGAUGGAGGAGAACUCUUGGCAACAAAACACAGCCCCAACCAAAAAAGUUGUAAAGAAGAAGAUUGGCCCUGCUGCAACAUCAAAGUCAACCCAAGGGGAUAGUGGCAGGGCCGCUGCUCGAAGUCGCCUUGCUGCUAUUAAAGCUGCCUUGAAAAACAAAGGAAAGCAGGAGGAGCCCACUGUAGAGGCCCCAGCACUUCCUACCCGAUUUGAUGAAGUUGUGUUUGAUGCAGGGUUUUUUCGAGUUGAGAGCCCUGCCAAAGGCACUAACAGUGUUAGGGCAAAAUGCAAUUCUUCUUGGUCAUCCCCUACUACACAGCCAAGCACAAAUCGGAUUCAGCAGUCGAAGAAUCACAAUGGUGAACAAAUAACAGAAGUACCAAAUUCUCCAGGCACUGUAAAUUCCCCCAUCAGGAAAUCACUCUUUGAUAACUCAGAAGAAGUAAGUGUACAGAGUGAUGAACCUCAUCCCAUACCUUCUGUGGUGGAAACGGACAAGGCUGCCUGUGCUGUGCAUGUAGCUGACCUGACAAAAUACUUGGUACCCACUGAGACUUCCAGUAUCCAGCUGUGUGACUCUCCGGCACCAGAGGACAUCGGAAUGGCACCUGCUAGAGCUCUGUUUGUGGAAGAGACUGCAGGGAUUUCUGGCUCAUUUGUUGAUGAUGUUUUCAUGUGUAGCCCACAAACAAAUGGUCCUGCACCACAACCCAUAUCUCCCACUAGAGAAUCUGACGCAGUUUGUGGCAAUCGAGAUCUAAAUGCUCUGAAUGACCAACUGGACUUCCUGGGAAGCUGCACGCCUAUCAAUAUGGUAGAGAAGUAACCCUUGUAUUCACAAAUCCUUUUGUUAUUUGCAUAUAUUGUAUAUACGGUCGUGUCAUGAUUCAACUUUAUUUCCAACAUGGUUCUUAAAUUGUAUAGUAGACAGUUUGUUUGUUUAUAGGUAUUAAAGCAGCUGUUUCACCUUUUGCUAUAUUAAACAUUUUCUUUAUAUAAAAA